AUGGAAGGAGAUGGGAUGCUAGGCUCUCACUUUCCUCCUGGGUUUCGCUUCCAUCCAACAGACCAGGAGCUCAUCAACCAGUAUCUGAGGAGGAAGGUCUCAGCUUCUUUACCUCCUCAAUGGAGGAUUAUAGCUGAUAUCGAUCUCUACAAAUACAAUCCUUGGGAGCUCCCUGAGAAGGCUGUUUUCGGCAAGGGAGAGUGGUUCUUCUUUAGUCCUCGGGAUCGCAAGUAUCCUAAUGGAGUUCGGCCAAAUCGGGCAACUUCAGCAGGUUAUUGGAAAGCGACUGGUACUGACAAGCCUAUAAUGUCUGUUGGUGGUGUUCAGUGCAUCGGUGUUAAGAAGGCCUUAGUGUUCUACAAGGGAAAGCCACCCAAGGGUAUAAAGACUGAUUGGGUCAUGCAAGAGUACCGCCUCAUAGACUCCACUGCCUCUUCUCAGACCCAAAGGCAAUUAGGCUCCAUGCGAUUGGAUGAUUGGGUUCUCUGCCGAGUUCGACAGAAGGGGGCAUUUGAACUGCUGGAGACGACAAGCAUGGUCAACACGCAAGUACAUGAAGAAAAGGAGGUGGUGGAGAAGGAGAGGAGAAGCUCGGAAGGAGAAUGGAGUGAACAUCUUAGCUACUUUGCAGAAUCAGUUCCAGAAGAUGGGGAGAACAGUGGAGAAGACAGCACUGGAAUCAUGUGGAACUCAUCUGAUUAUUCUGGCCAGGACGGGUACUCUGUGGUGGAGGAGAAGCAGCAACCACUGCAAUUAGCUGCUGCAGCGGCAAUCUACCCGUAUAAGAGGAAGCAAUCACAUAGCUUCUUAGAUGAUUUUCUGCUUUUGCAGCCUAGCAAGAGGUUGCAGUGCACAUCAGAUGCACGACUCUCACCAGCGGAGUCUGUGUAUGAUAAUGGGAUUUUCUCACAACAUCUCAAGAAAGGACAGAACAACUACAUGGCUCUAAUCGAUGAGAGAUUAUUACGUGCGAAGAUUGAACAUAGGGAACGGAUCAGUUUUGUCUCUGUGAAUAGUAAAAGUACAGUGGUGGUGUUCACUGAGACAAACCGGAUGAUUCUCUGUGUCCGGUUUCCACACUUUUACAUGUUUUCUCUGCUUCUGGAGCGGGAGGUUCGGCUUUUUAUGUCAAAAUGGUAUCAGAGCGAGUUGUUUCUGGGAACCAUGGCGGAGGGAAGUAGAAAAAACAUGUUCCCUCAACACAGUUCAAGGUUUAGAAGCUUUGUGGGCAGCGCAAGCCAGCAUCACACUGCAAGUAGAUGA